UUGAUGUUGCGUCGUAGCAUGUAGGGAAAAACAAAAAAAGUAAUUUUCACCACUGCAAGGUCUGUUUUCUGAGGUACAAUGCGGUCUAGGACAAUUUUAAGACUACUUUUGUUUGUAAAAGUCAUUCUGCUGCUCACAAUACAAGGGAAGUCCGACAAGGAGUAUGCAUUGACUGGAACGACUAUUCUUCAAGCACAGCGUGGAGAGUUGGUAACAAUAAAAGGUUACUACAAAUAUUGUCUUACACCUUCGUUUUAUUGUCCGACUUGCGUACGCCAAGUGUACCUGAAUCUCUUCAACAUGAGCAUAUGUCUUGCAACCAUAAGGAAAUCUCAGCUGGAUUGCCAGGAAAAGCACUUUUCUCAGACAUAUACCGCCCCCAGUGUUGGUGGCGCCUAUGAAAUCAAGAUGGAGGAAAUACUAGAUUUCAAUUGUUUACCAAACCGAAAGUCAAACGCUGGCUCAUCUCUCGGCACAGUUUUAGUUGAAGAACCCCCCACCAUCGCCAAGGGCUCCAGUUCUCUAUUUGAAGUUGUCACAGGAGAUUCCCUGACUCUUCAAUGCUCUGUUCGCGGCUAUCCUUCACCAGCAGUCCGCUGGUACAAGGACGACAGUAAACAGGUCCAUAACGAUACAAGUCUUGAGUUCUCCUCGAUCAAACAAUCCGACGCAGGGCUCUAUACCUGUAAUGCGUCAAACGUCGCUGGGAGCGACUCUCGUGUUGUGAAGGUCCUGGUGAGAGAAAGGAGACCAAUAAUAAAACAGGCUGUUUCAAUAUGCGAUGACAGCAAUUUGUUUCAAAAUGACUUGGUAACAUUUACAGUAAUUUUAUCGCACGACUUUUUCUCACGAGAUAUUGCCUUUGAUACACUAUUGGUUUGGACUCUUCCUUACUACGCGAGUAUGCUAAGUCACGUGCCUUUGACAAAUGUGUCCAAUCCUUACCCUGGAGAGUAUAAUAUUAAGAUUGGAGAAAUUCAGCCCGUGUCAUCAAAGCAAAUUAACAUCACGGUUCAAAUUGAUCCUAAACGUGUGCUAUCUGUUGGAAAAUACUUCUUGUCUGUACCAAGCUUUAUUCUGUAUGAACAACGCAUGGCAAAUGAUGCCGCCAAGAUGUUCGUCAGCUCAAUACAGUCCGUAACGAUAAACUUCACAGUGAGAGAAGAUGCUCAAAGAGGAUUUCUGUUGAAUCCGUUAUCUGACGAAGUGUACCUCUGCCAAGAGAAGAAAAGUGAUUUGGAACCUUCGUGUUAUUUUUCAAAUGAUGGCGUCCAAUGGAUUGGGCUAGAUCCGCGAGUAAAAAUGAUUUCUGGGAUGACUGUUCGUGGAUUGUAUCAAAGGAUUUUUGCCGUGGCAACAGAUAAUCGAUGCCAUGUAGUGAGUGGGGAUAAAGUUAUUUGGACUGGUAUUAUGCCCGAGGAAUGGAAACGGGAAUCGUUUUCCAGAGAUUUCGUACCUGCUAUACUAGUUCCUGGAAAGCUCGAAUCUGAUCUACCCGAACAUUUGUACAUUGCUACGAAAACUGAUGGAUCAGUCUCAUAUGGAGCAUCAGCGAAAGGUUUACACAAAAAGAUUGGAUCAGGAGUAUGGAACCUAGUGACCUCAUGGGAAUGUCCAUAACAGUCAUAUCGUAGAUUGAAAUGCAAAUGAGAAACUUGUUCAUGACCUUUACAAACGUCACUGGUUUCAUAUUGUUUCUGCUGACCUAUUUCUCGCAUUACAUGUACACCACAAGGAAAGUAUAAAGUAAUCCCAUUUUGCUUUGCGCGUCGAGACCAACCUCCUUUGCCGAGGCUGUCAACCGGGUACGCUAAGCAUAACAUUGUUAAAUCCUGCCACUUAUUCUUAAAUUUUUGUUUGUGCAAAAUGGUCCAAUAUUGUUGGACCCAUAUUGGCGAAUUGGUAACGUAUAACUCAACCAGUUGUCUAUUCAACUUUAUUUCAUAAGGUAAUCGUUACAAUGGAGGGACUCCUAAGCAACACAAUAUAUCAUGGACUGAGUUAAGUGCACUGCUGGGGUAUAGUUCAAUCAUCACUGACACAAACUCACGGGUUGCCUCGCCAUCUAUUCAUCUCUCCUUGAACCCUGGGGUGUUUAUACAAAAAUAGUUCGUAACUUCUCCGAAAGGUCGGUUUCCGCGUUCUGCCGAUAAUGACAUCCGACUUUACUAGUACUGAUUCCUUAAAUACAUUUACAACGCAUUCUAAAACAAACUUGAACUAAGAGAAUAAUAAACGGUUCCUCCGCGCGAUAACAGAAAACAUGUUUACCUGAUUAAAGUUUAACUAGAAAGUGUAAAAAAACAAUUUCAUCUUCGAGAGAACAUAUCGUGUAACUAAAUCUCAAAAUUAUUCUUAUUUAUAAUGUAGUGUGCCAUGAAAAUCCCUCGGAGACAUCUACCAGUUUCCUCGGCCGUUUUAAAAACAUUAUCAAUCAAACAAAUUGCAAAAAUUAAUGUAGACUAGCUUUUGAUCCAAUUGUUUACUUUUGUUGUUAGACAUGAGGUGUCAAAGUGCCAAACUUACUACCUAAAAAUAGUCAGUUAAAUUUCGUUCGAAUAAUGCUUUUCAAACGAAAUAACUGACUUUGCAUUUUUCGUUUAUGGCUAAGCAUCCCUUAAGAAGAGAAUUAUUUUGCCUUUAAAUAUCUUUAAGGUACAAAAUAUAAAUUUGUUUGCAACUGCAAGCUAUUUUUCUCUUUUUGUUGAAUUAUGGAAUACGCGAAAAAAAAUCCCCUGUAACUGACAAUCAAGAAAAGUAAAUCACCUUUGUGUAGGUUUUGUGGAGAGUGAUAGAGAUUAGACAACCUUCGACUUAUUUUUCCCUUCCCUAU